AUGGAAAAAUCAAUUCAUCAAGGAGACAUAGGGCCCACAAUAUAUAAAUCUCGAUCUCAAUAUGGCUUUAGGACCCACCCUACAAAAUUUAAUUCAUGCCCCAAUGGAAGUUUACUCCCCCCUCCGUGAGCGAGCAAAAAAAUUUUGUUCACUCACGGAGUGGGGUUAAUUUUUUUUUUUUAAAAACAUUUAUAUAGAAAUUUUAUAGAAAAUAUUUUUUUUUCGAAAUUUAAGAAAAUCCUAAUUCGCAAAAAAUUGGAAAGCAAAUAUUUAAAUAUCAAAUUUUUUUUUCAUAAAAAAUUUAUCUAUUAAAAAAAUUUUUGUUCACUCACGGAGGGUGGGUUUUUGAUUAAAAAUUAGGGAUUUUUAUAAUGGUUUUGUUCGCUCAAGGAGGGAGGAGUUAGAAAACACUUCUAGUUAUGCAAUACCUUCCCUAAAAGGAUCAAAAAUUGGGAAGAAAGCCAUCUUAAGUCAUAGAACCUCAGUAAAAGUUUCAAAACCAAUAGGAAAUAUGCUGUUUUUGGUUAAAUUUUGUAAAUAUUUUAGCGACAGCCAUACUAAUUUUACAAUUAAAUCAUGAUAUAUUUCUUAAAAAACUCUCUAGAAAAUAAAUAACUAAAAAAUAUUUCAUAUAAUCUUAAUAAAGGAAAUUCCUCAACAGAGCCUUCUAAGCCAAAACGUGUCCCAUAUAGCAUAAUCCAUAUGAACGACUUCAUAAGAUCCUACUCAUCAAAAAGUGUCCUUGCAUUAACCCGAAAAAGAUCUAAAUGCAACACAAGCAUUCCUUUAGGAAAAACCCAAACCCAGCCUAUUUACAAUUUUUCAAACCAAUCUUUAUUUGGCUUAAAAGAUCAUUUUAUUCCUUUAUUUUCAUGCACAACUUUGCCAAUGAACCCAAAAAAUGAGUUUUCUAGGUCAAUUUCCCCAAUUCCAAAUUUGGAUGGGAAAAAUGGCUCAAAAGUUAACGAAAUUAAGCUGGAUUUUAAAGGAUAUGAUGCAAAAAGUGAUAUAAAAGUAGAAGGAGAAUUAAAGCAGGAUUGCAGUAUUGAUAAAUCUGAUCCAGAUUUAAUCAGUGAGCAGAAUAUAGAAAAAUAUGCAGAAAUUGAUUUAAAAUUACUAUAAAUAAAAUGGUAUUCGGUUUGAGAGUUAUUGGCUCUGCUAAUUAUCCCUCAUGGAAUUUUAUUUAUGGAGCUGAGAACUAUUGUACAGCCAUAGCGGAUUAACUUUGGUCAUAAGGCCAGGGAACUUAUCCAAGUGCACCAAGAGGCUUAAGGUUUUUCAUCUCAGAUAUAGAAUUUUCCCAUAGAUGGUGCUGUUUGCCCUUAAUUUGCCCACUAGGAAAAUUUUUUGGUUUGACCAAACCAUAUGGUACUGGUCGAACCAAAAAAUUUUCCCAGUGGGCAAAUCAAGGGCAAACAGCGCCAUCUAUGGGAAAAUUCUAUAGAAUUAUUUAGGAUUGCUGAGUCAGGCUGAAAUAUAGAAUGGCAUCGGAAUGCCUAGCGAGCCUACUUGGAGCUAAAAGGGUGGGAUAUGACCUAGACCGUACUCAAGAAGGUAAGACGUUAAAUACUAAAGACUAAGACUAAGAUUUAAAAUUCCCUAAUAAUGAAAAACUUAGAAGAGCUAUUAAGGGAAUUUCCUCAAAGAGGAUAAUUUCAAGACCAAAAACAUCUUCAAUGGACUUGCGGAGACCGAGUACUCGCCGAAGAAGUGUAGCUACUAAUUAUGGAGAUGCUGAGAGUGACGAGCUUACAGGAUGGGAUAAUCUUAAUAUUCGAUUAAUGUAA